CUGUUUCCAGCCCUCAUGAGUUGUGUUUAUUUUCAGAUUUCCAGCAACUGCGACAUUUUGCUUCGCUGGGAUCGCGCAUGCGCCGUGGGUCUCACGGUUCCGCCGAGCGCCAGUCGUUUCCGUGUUGUCCUGCGUCAGCGGGUCGGCGAGAUGUUUCGCACCGUGGGCAGCUGGUUCGGGCUGGAGGAGGCGCCGCAGAGCGGCCCCCUGGAGGCAUCGGCGAGCGAGGACGCGGCCCCGGAGGUGACGGGUCAGGUCAAGGGGCUAGGCGAUUAUCUGUUCAGUUUUGCCACUGCUGCAACAAAAAAGAUAUCUGAAUCAGUGGUUGAGACUGCACAAACUAUAAAGAAAUCUGUGGAAGAAGGAAAUAUUGAUGGUAUGAUUGACAAGACUAUCAUUGGGGAUUUCCAAAAAGAGCAAGACAAGUUUGUGCAAGAAAAGCUUGUAAAGAAAACAGAUGCUGCUGUACCUCCUUGGGUUGGAUACAGUGAGGAAGAAACUAUUCAACAGCAAAUCUUAGCGUUGUCAGCAGAGAGGAGAAAUUUUCUGCGAGACCCUCCAGCAGGAGUCCAGUUUAAUUUUGACUUUGAUCAGAUGUAUCCUGUUGCUGCUGUAAUGCUUCAGGAAGAUGAACUCCUAAACAGAAUGCGAUUUGAUCUUGUUCCGAAGUUAGUGAAGGAAGAAGUAUUUUGGAGAAACUACUUUUACAGAGUGUCACUUAUCAAACAAUCAGCGCAGCUUACUGCUUUAGCUGCUCAACAACAGGCAGUUGACCAAGAGGACAGAGAAGACAACAAUACAGAUGAUCCCUGUUUGACAGAAACAAUAAGGUCAAAAACACCACCAUUUCCUAUCAAAACUCAGACAGAAUCUCCAGAGGAGGAGGAAGAAAUUUCUACAAGUCCAGGUGCUACAGAAUUUAUUAGUGAUGCAUAUGAUGGAUGCAAUUUAAACCAAGAGGAUCUACGGAAUGAAAUUAAGCAGUUGGUGUUAGAUAAGAAGGAUGGUGAUUCAAAAGAAACAUCUGCUGACUGGGAAGAGGAACUGCAGAAGGAACUUCAAGAGGAACUUCAAGAUUAUGAGGUGGUGGCUGAUUCAGGAAAAACAGAUGAAAAUUGGGAGAAGGAGAUUGAAGAGCUUUUGCAAUCUAAUGGUUGAAUUUGGACAGUGCUACACUCCAGUAUUUUCACUGGCACAAAUCUUGACAGGACUGGUAUAAUUCUAGAAUUUUCUUCACACAAAGUCAUCUGAGAAGAUAACUUUUAACACUAAUUUGUGGAAAUCAUUAUAAAAUGGGACUUGUCGUAUGAUUCUCCAUAAUCCAGAGUAAUUUUUUAUAUUCUCAAGGCAGACGAGAAAAGUUGAAUUUCUAAUUACAGAAAUUUAUGCAUUCUGUGUUUAUACCAACCAUUAAUACCACUUAAUGCAUUCCAUGCAGGUGUAAUAGUAACCUGUAGCUGAAUAUAAAAUAUCUGCCUGGAGUAAGUAAGAUUAAGUAUUCAUCAGGUUUCAUUAUGCCUCUUAUUUUUGUCCCAAUUAGAUGAUAGAAGUUAGAUAACUUCCUUAACAAAUUAGUUAAGGACUUGAUUUAAUUCAACUGUACUUAUUACAAGCAAUUGUUUGGUCUUAAGUUUUUUUUUGCAGAAUUAAAUCAAACUAUUGCCAAAAUAAUCAAAAUUGACUGUUUUGCAUAUCAAUUAAUAAAAUGAAACAGACUUUCAUUUUUUAUGGAAUAAAACUUGAUAAACAGCUAUAUUUCCAUAAUGCUUAUGUUGAUUAAAUAGCAAUCCCUUGAUCCUUCAGGGUUUUAUUUUGUUGAGAAUUGGGUUUGGACAUAAACUUUAAAACUUCAUAAAACAUUGCAGAAAUUUGCAUAAUUAUAUGCAAUUACAUUUUGUCAAGAAAUAUUAGUCACCAGACUUCAAAUGCUGGAAAUGUAGAUAUAUUUAUAUUUUGCUUUCGCAUUUAUAUUUUUGUGAAAUAAGUCAAAUCCUGUAUUCAUGUUGAUUCUGAAAGCUGUUAAUGAUUAAAAACAUUUAUGCUUAUUUUAAUAGUUCUCUACUCCCAAGGUUUAUGCCUUCAAUGGUUAAAACAUUGGAAUAUCAAGUCUGCAGCAGUAAUUUAUUACCAUUCUCUGCACUGAGCUCCCACCUUUCUGAUGAACUAGAGAAUUAAAGUGAUUUAAAGUAGGUAAAUGACUUGUUAUCACUCAGAGAUCGUAUCUGCAUUGUCUUUCAGCCUGGAUUGUAUAUUGAAUAACUAGGUCCUUUGUGUUUCAGUAAAAUGCUUUUUUAGUUUCAUCACAACACUUUAAGGCUUUAAUAAAAGCUUAAUUUACUUAAAAGUUGUACGAAGUUUUACUCCCAAGCUAAGUGGAGGCUUAAUAAUUGGUUUUCUUUUAUUUCUUACAUUUUAUAAUAAUAAUAAUAAUAAUAACAAAUACAGAUGAUGUGGUUCUAAGUGCUUUACAAUGGGGUAAAAUGCAAACAUGAAAAUAAAAGAAACUUAUGAAGAAACAUAUUUGAAAUAUGUCAAUCAAUAUGCAAAUAACAUUUAAAAUCCAGUGAAUUCCAAUUAACCAGGCCAUCAGUUAAUAGGGACAGCUACUUAUUUGAAACAACACUUAAAGAACAAAAGCUAAUUGAAAAAGUAGCUAGGAUUCUCUUUGUUUAAUUGGGACUGGAGACUGGUGCCAGUUUCUAACUAGCAUCAGUCACAUGCAUUUAUUGGCUGUUAGUCGUGACAGGUGCUUAGAGCAAACAGUAUUUAAAUAGCAUUGGUUGCAUGUGUUAGUGUUCAAAAAGCAGUGAUUUUUGCCACUGAUAGUCAUAGAGAAGUAUGGCACAGAAACAAGCCCUUUGGCCCAUCUAGUCCAUGCGGAAACCAUUUAAUCUGCCUUUUUCCAUCGAUCUACACCGGGACCAUAGUUUUUCACACCCCUACCAUCCAUGUAUCUAUCCAAACUUAUCUUAAACAUUUGAUAGCGAGAAAUAAGCAGUGAGACAAUUCACAACUGUAUUGCUCACUGCAGUUUCAAGCAUUCGGGCUCAGAGGUGCCAGAAAUGGCCUGGAGUAAACAUGAAAGUGAUGUUCAAGAUAAGAAUUGUGAAGAAUUUGAAGGUAUUGAUGAUCAUCUUGAAUGUUGUAAUAAAAAUGAAGAUUUGGAAAAUGCAAUCGUUGAAAUCAUUAUAUGAUGGCAGUACAGUACCUGCACUAAAUGUCUG